UAGCCACGGCUCCCGACGGCCGGACCGCAGGGCCCGGCGUGGCCGCCCAUGAGUCGGGGAACCAUGCCUCAGCCUGGAGCGUGGCCCGGAGCGAGCUGCGCCGAGACGCCGGCGCGGGAGGCGGGGGCCGCGGCGCGGGACGGCGGGAAGGUGACGAGCAGCGCGCAGCCCCGGGCCGCGAUGCGGUGCCCGGCCGAGCACGAGGAGGACAUGUACCGUGCUGCAGAUGAAAUAGAAAAGGAGAAAGAAUUGCUAAUACAUGAAAGAGGGAUAUCAGAACCUAGGUUAAGUGUGGCUCCUGAAAUGGAUAUUAUGGACUACUGCAAGAAAGAAUGGAGGGGAAAUACUCAGAAAGCCACAUGUAUGAAAAAGGGUUAUGAGGAAGUUUCUCAGAAAUUUACAUCUAUAAGGCGAGUACGUGGUGAUAAUUACUGUGCGCUGAGGGCUACGCUGUUCCAGGCCAUGAGCCAGCUGGCGGAGCUGCCCCUCUGGCUGCAGGACCCGGAGCUCAUGCUGUUACCAGAAAAGCUGAUAAACAAGUAUAGCUGGAUCAAGCAAUGGAAACUUGGACUAAAGUUUGAUGGGAAGAGUGAGGACCUGGUUGAAAAAAUUAAGGAGUCCCUUGCCCUGCUGAGGAAGAAGUGGGCAAGCCUGGCUGAAAUGAAAACUGCUGAAGCAAGGCAGAUAGCUUGCGAUGAAUUGUUCACCAAUGAAGAGGAGGAAUAUAGCCUCUAUGAAGCUGUAAAAUUUCUAAUGUUAAACAGAGCCAUCGAACUCUAUGAUGAUAAAGAGAAGGGAAAGGAUGUCCCGUUUUUUUCUGUGCUCUUGUUUGCUCGAGACACAUCAAAUGACCCUGGACAGCUACUGAGGAACCACCUAAACCAGGUGGGACACACUGGUGGCCUUGAACAGGUUGAAAUGUUCCUUCUUGCCUAUGCUGUUCGAUACACCAUCCAGGUGUACCGGCUGUCCAAGUACAACACUGAAGAGUUCCUCACUGUCUAUCCCACAGACGCCCCCAAGGACUGGCCUGUGGUGACCCUCAUAGCAGAGGAUGAUCGGCACUAUAAUAUCCCUGUCAGAGUGUGUGAGGAGACGAGUCUGUGAGAGACACUUGUGGACAGCCAUGUGAGGCCACAUAGGUGCACAUCAGUGCCUCCUCCUGGGGCCCUUAGGUGUGUGGGUCUCCAAGGGCAAUCUGGGGGAACUCUUGGGCUGCUGGAGCCAAGCUGGACUGUGAUGUUCUGAAGACUAGCUGCUGAUAAUGAGAAGUAGCCCAAGUCUUCACUCAUUGUUCUGUUACACAGUGUGUUUCAUUGGGGGCUCCAGCAUAUACCUUUGGAAGGUACAAACUACGCCACCAUAAGGCAGAUGCUUUUGUGUCAGAGGACACUGGAAAGGAAUAUGUCCAAUGAAAGUUCUGAUGGUAAACUAGUGUUACUUUUUAAGAUAGUAGUUUUGGUUUUGAUUUUUAUUCUUUUUAUGGGGAUGGCGGUGAUGGGUUCAUUAGUGGUCUUCCUAUGAGAUAUGUGUAAGUGGUGAGAUCCUGGAAUGGAGAGUUACAUUAUCUUUUGAUGGCCUCAUCUGCUUUUGGAGGAAUGGGCAGUGAAUUUAUAUGCCAGUUAAUACUAUUUUAAGUAGACUGUCUCUUAGAAGAUUAAGAAUUGGGUCCCAGAG